CGGCGGAGGCUCUCCUCGACGGCUUCCAGGAUCCAAGGAGGCGGUCCGCGGACCUCCGCCUCUAUUUGGCGGCGCGGGGGGCAGCAGCUCCUUUGGCGUCGCGCGCGAACAAGGAGCCGCUCCCGCCUGUCUUCACGGCCACGGGGGAAAACCAAUGUCUUUGGGUGGGAACGCUGGCAGCCAUUAAAUCUUCUUUCGACGGUGGAUUUGGACAGUGAAGUCCCGCGGUGAUUUGCCAUUGCCAGAGUGGUCACCGAAUCUGUGCCCCGCGGCGGCUAUGUCCUCGUCCUCCUUCCCCAACUCCCGCUUCCCCUUCGGCGCCGGCGCCAGGGCCCCCGGCGGAAGCGGCGGCGGAGGCGGGAGCAGCGUGCGGCCGUGGGGGUCGAGCGGCGGGACGUCGGUGUCUUCGUCUGGGAAACGGAUACAGAAGGAGCUGCUGGACCUCAACGCCUCCGAUUGCUCCGCGGGGCCCAAGGGCGACAAUCUCUACCACUGGCUAUCCACCAUCAUCGGACCCCAAGGAUCGCCAUAUGAAGGAGGGGUAUUUUUCCUUGACAUCGUGUUUCCUCCUGAUUAUCCCUUCAAACCUCCCAUGGUAACUUUCAAAACAAGGAUUUACCACUGCAAUAUUGAUUCCACUGGUAAAGUGCAUUUGGACAUUCUGAAGGAUGGCUGGAGUCCAGCUUUCACUAUUUCAAAGGUGUUAUUGGCCAUCAAAGACAUCAUCAGCAAUCCAGAUCCAUACACCCCGCUUGUGAUGAACAUUUCACGUCAGUAUCUGACUGAUAGAGCUAAACACGAUGAAAUAGCAGCUGAGUGGACAAUGAGAUUUGCAAGAUAGGGGAUCUGUCUGUAUCUAAGCACAAUGACCUUGUAAAAAAAAUAACUCUUAAUGUGGCCUGAGAUGGGGAAUGUUGGCAAAGGAGCCAUGUUUUGUUUGAUGUGAGUUGUGACAUAAAAGUGUACUUUAUGCUUGAGUGUUAUUUAAUUGCUCCUUUUAG